UACACUCUAACAAACAUGGCUCCCUCUUCCUUUGUCUCCAUUUCCAUUCUGGUAGUAGCAUUGGUUCUUUGUAUCUUCAUGCAUGCCACAACAAUGGUUAAUGCAGCUGUCUCUAUGGCAGCUUCGAAAUCACCAGCGCUAGAACUAGAAGCGAAGGCUCUGAUGGAGACUAGGUGGUGGAUUUUUCCUUCCAACGGUAAAUACUUAAGUCAUUGCCAGUGGUAUGGUAUUACAUGCAAUGAUGGAAGCGUCACAGAGAUUGACAUGGCUAGGUUCUAUCUAGGAUAUGAGAUAAGUAAAUUGAACUUCUCUUGCUUCCCGAAUUUGGUCCGUCUCAGUCUUUCUCUCACGGGACUUCAGGGGAGCAUCCCACAUGAGAUAGGUACACUUUCGAAGCUCACCUACCUUGAUCUAUCCAACAAUGUUCUGGAAGGUGAGUUGCCUAUUUCACUUGCAAACCUCACUCAAUUAGUGACCUUUAAUAUAUCUUAUAAUUCAAUCAGUGGUUCUAUCCCCAAAGUCGUCGGAAAUUUAAAGAAUCUUCUUAAAUUAGAUCUAGGUUCAAAUUAUUUCAUUGGACCAAUCCCCACAGAGAUAUAUCUUUUAACCAAUCUCACAUAUUUGAGUGCACAAGGUAAUCAACUCACUGGUGAAUUACCUCUUUCAAUUGCAAACCUCACUCAAUUAGUGACACUUGACCUUUCUUAUAAUCUAAUCAAAGGUUCCAUCCCCAAAGAAUUGGGAAAUUUAAAGAAUCUUCAAGAAUUAAGUCUAAAUAAUAACAAAUUCACCGGACCAAUCCUUUCAGCUCUUGCUUUUUUAACCAAUCUUUCCAAUUUGGAUUUGUCUUUUAAUGAAAUCAAUGGUCCUAUUCCCCUAGAAUUAGGAAACAAUAAGAAUUUGAGUUCCUUGAACCUCACUAAUAACAGGCUCACUGGCUUCAUCCCUCCUUCUUUGGGCAAAUUAACCAAUUUGGUCACUUUGUCUCUUCAUUCAAACCAAAUCAAUGGCUCCAUCCCUUCUUCUUUGGGCAAUUUAACCAAUUUGGUCACUUUGUCUCUUCAUUCGAACCAAAUCAGUGCCUCCAUCCCUUCUUCUUUGGGCAAAUUAACCAAUUUGGUCACUUUGUCUCUUCAUUCGAACCAAAUCACUGGCUCCAUCCCUUCUUCUUUGGGCGAAUCAACCAAUUUGGUCACUUUGUCUCUUCAUUCGAACCAAAUCACUAGCUCCAUCCCUUCUUCUUUGGGCGAAUCAACCAAUUUGGUCACUUUGUCUCUUCAUUCGAACCAAAUCACUGGCUCGAUCCCUUCUUCUUUGGGCGAAUCAACCAAUUUGGUCACUUUGUCUCUUCAGUCGAACCAAAUCAGUGGCUCGAUCCCUUCUUCUUUGAGCAAAUUAACCAAUUUGGUCACUUUGUCUCUUCAGUCGAACCAAAUCAGUGGCUCGAUCCCUUCUUCUUUGGGCAAAUUAACCAAUUUGGUCACUUUGUCUCUUCAGUCGAACCAAAUUAGUGGCUCCAUUCCUUCUUCUUUGGGCAAAUUAACCAAUUUGGUCACUUUGUCUCUUUAAUUGAACCAAAUCAGUGGUUCCAUCCCUUCUUCUUUGGGUAAUUUAACCAAUUUGGUCACUUUGUCUCUUCAUUGGAACCAAAUCAGUGGUUCCAUCCCUUCUUCUUUGGGUAAUUUAACCAAUUUGGUCACUUUGUCUCUUUAUUUAAACCAAAUCAAUGGUUCCAUUCCCCAAGAAAUAGGCAACAUGAAUAAUUUGAGUGAGUUGUACCUUAAUAAUAAUGAGCUCACUGGAGAGAUUCCAUUUGAACUUGGGUAUCCACAACAUUUAGAGAUCUUGAAUCUUAGCUACAAUUCUUUACAUGGUCGGAUCCCAAAUGGCUACUUAAAAUUUUCAUCUUACACAUUCAUGGGCAACAAAGAUUUAUGUGGUGACAUCAAAGGUUUCCCUCCUUGCCUCCCACACAAUAAUAGAUCAAUUGUCCACCAAAUAAAAUUUUUAGUUCUCGGCUUUUUGCCUGUCCUUGCAAUUCUUGGGUGUGUUUUCCACUUUCAAAACAGGGUCAAGAAAACUAAAUCUAAUCCAAUGGAAACAAAGAAUGGGGACUUGUUCUCAAUAUGGAAUUAUGAUGGCAAAAUUGUAUAUGAAGACAUCAUUGAAGCGACAAAAGACUUUGACAUUAGAUAUUGUAUUGGAACAGGCGGUUAUGUUAGUGUUUACAAAGCACAGUUGCCCAAUGGUAAAGUGGUUGCCUUAAAGAAACUUCAUCGUUUAGAAGCCGAGGAUCCGACGUUUGACAAGAGUUUCAAAAAUGAGAUCAAAAUGUUAACAGAAAUUCGACAUAGAAAUAUUAUUAAACUUUAUGGCUAUUGUUUGCAUAAAAUAUGCAUGUUCUUGGUCUAUGAGUACAUGAAAAUGGGAAGCUUGUUUUCUAUCCUAAGCAAUGAUGAUGAGGCGAUGCAAUUGGAUUGGAUGAAAAGAAUGAUUGCCGUCAAAAGUAUAGCACAUGCCUUAUCUUAUAUACAUCAUGAAUGUGGCCAAGUUAUUGUUCAUCGAGAUAUAAGUAGCAACAACAUUCUAUUGAACUCUGAGUUGGAGGCUUUCGUCUCUGAUUUUGGCACAGCUAGACUUCUUGAUCCGAAUUCCUCCAAUCAAACAUUACUUGUUGGGACUUAUGGUUAUAUUACUCCAGAACUAGCAUAUACUAUGAUAGUGACUGAAAAAUGUGAUGUUUAUAGCUUUGGUGUGCUGGCACUAGAAAUAUUAAUGGGAACACAUCCAGGUGAACUCCUGACUUCAUUAUCAUCAUCAUCAUCACCUCAAAAUAUGAUGCUAAAUGAAAUAUUAGACCAACGUCUCCCACCUCCAAACCGACUUGUUGCUCGGGAUGUUUUCUUCGUUGCUACAAUUGCAUUUGCAUGCUUACGUGCUAAACCAAAGUUUCGACCAACAAUGAAAUGGGUGUCUCAAGAAUUUCUUUCUCAUAAGAAACCAAAGAUGAACCCCUUACAUGCUGUUUCCCUAUGGCAAUUGAGGAACCAAGAAACUUAUGCGGUUGGAGAGAGUGCUUGUUGUUCAAUUGAAAACCAUAUUGUUUGAACUUCCACGUAAAAAUAAAUGUUGUGUAUUACAAUAACAAUACCUUUAAAAAUUU